UGGCAUCAGCCGUUUGGGUCACUACGACAUGGGCAUGAGACACUGCGCGUCGGACAUUCGGCUCAACGUACCAUCUCGGCCUAGUCCAUCUUAAAUCAAGCCAUCUAAAAGGGCCCAGCAUCGUCAACUAUCAUCACUUUCUCUUACUUCUUUGCUACUGCUCUUACUUUCCUUCAUUUGGCUCUCGUUCAUUCGUUACAUCUUAGGCCGGCCUAAGUCAUUCGUUUAUUCUUUCUUCACGGCUUGUCAUUCAUUUCUCUAUUCAACAUGCGUCUGCAAAGUAUUGCUGCCGUUUUGGCUGUUGCCGCUACGGCUUCUGCUCAGAGCGUUUCGGGCAAGGCCUAUGGUUUUGCUGCUGGUGUUACUGGUGGUGAGGGAGAGGCUGUCACGCCUUCUUCUGCUGAGGAGCUUGCUAAGCUUCUUGCUGAUGAUACUCCUCGUGUUAUUUAUCUUGAUAAGGAGUUUGACUUUACUGGAGAUGUUAAGACUGGUGCUGGCUGUGAUCGCAAGAGCUGCAGUGCCAGCAAUGGUGGACAGCUUUACCUCGGUGAUCUUUCUUGCGGCGGUGAUGAUAAUGUUGCCGUUAGUUCCAUCACCUACGACGCUGCUGGCCCUGAGCCCCUUCCCGUUGGCAGCAACAAGAGUAUUCUAGGCAACGGAAAGGCUGUCCUGAAGGGCAAGGGUCUCUCCAUCAAGAAGGGAUCCAAGAACGUCAUUGUCCAGGGCAUUGAGUUCACCGACAUCAACCCUGGUGUCGUAUGGGGCGGCGACGCUCUCGAGCUCAAGGGUCUUAACGAUGGUGUCUGGAUCGAUCACUGCAAGUUCUCCAAGGUCGGCCGCAUGUUCAUUGUCUCCCACUACGACGGCUCCCGCCUCACCAUCUCCAACUCCGAAUUCGACGGUGUCACCGACACUUCCGCCUCUUGCAACGGCAACCACUACUGGACUAUGAUGUUCUACGGUGAGGGUGACCAGGUCACUCUUGACCGCAACCACUUCCACGAUGUCGCUGGCCGAGCUCCCAAGCUUGGUGAGCCUGGUACCAACGGUUACUUCCACGCUACCAACAACUACUUCCAGAACAUGAAGGGCCAUGCCUUUGAUGCUUACCAGGGAGCUAACGCCAUCAUUGAGGGUAACGUUUUUGACGGUGUCGACACUCCUGUUACUAAGGAGGCUGCUUCCGUCAACACCCUCUUCAUUGCUGAUGAGAGCGAUGCUUCUGCUUGUCAAUCUGCUCUUGGCCGUGCGUGCGUGCCCAACUCUGCUACCAGCAGCGGUGACCUUCCCUCUAUGAAGGGCGAGAGCGGUCUCAACGCUGUUGCAAAGAACAAGGACAACAUCAUCACCCCCGUCUCUGCCAGCGAAGUCGCUGCUCUUGUCCUUGGUAGCGUUGGACCUGCUAACGUCGGUUCCGGUUCCAACACUGGAUCUGGUUCUGGUUCCACCCCAUCUCAGAGCCCUGAGUCCGGAGAUGAUGCCACCGAGACCACUCCCGCUACACCUGAGACUACUCCCGAGAGCACCCCCGAAACCGCCCCCGAGACCACUCCUGAGGCUGUCAACGAGCAAGAGGCCAUCCCUGAGGAGACUGAGACUGAGACUGUCGCUACCGACGACUGCGAGGAGGAGGCCGAGGAGGAGCCCCUCCCUACCGGCGACUGCGACGAUGAGAUCGAGGCCGCUUCCGAUGCUUCAUCCGAGACCCCCGAGAAGGAGGAGACCUCUUCCGCCGGUUCCUCCACCGCUCAGAUGUACGGUCAGUGCGGUGGGAAGAACUGGACUGGUGCUACCACAUGCCCUUCUGGCUCUUCUUGCAAGAAGAUGAACGACUAUUACUCUCAGUGCAUUGGCUCCAACAGCCGCGUUCGCCGCUACGUUCAGUAAAGAGCGUUGAUGGUAGUGAAAUCGCGACGCGACGCGAUGGAACUUUUCUUGUAAUUAUUAUCAUUUAUUUACUCACCUCGAUGUCGAGCAAUGAAGAGUAUAUAGCAAUUAUAUGGGCACAGAACCCAACUUUUAAAGUCUUGUUCUCUUGCAAAGUGUCAAGUUGGUGAAAACCGAGACAGGCAAAGCCUUAGCGCGACGCGACGCGUUCACCCAGUGUGAGGCUACCCUGUAGAGCAACAGGAUUGGCA